AUGCUAACCCAAACCAGCGUAAGAAACUCCACCACCCAACUCCAAAUCAACGUCAUCCUUUCGGCCUGGCAACUCCUCGUCUCCUUCACCGGCUCCGCCCUCGCCGAACGCAUCGGCCGCCGAAAACUCUGUCUCUGCUCCCUCGGAGCCUGCACGGCUUUCUUCUACAUACUGGGUGGCAUGACGAAAGUGUACGGCGCUUCCGACUCCAAAUCCGGCAGUUACGGAACUGUAGCCUGCAUCUUUCUCUUCCUUGGCGCCUACUCCUUUGGUAUCACCCCGUUGACGGCUAUGUAUGCACCGGAAGUCCUGCCGUACAAUAUCCGCGGUACGGGUGUGGCUAUUCAGGGUCUGAUCAGCAAGUUCUGCGGGCUGCUUGUUACUUUGCGUUUCCAGACGAAAGGCAGGACGCUGGAGGAGAUCGACGCCAUCUUCGACGGCGAGAAUCAUUCGGAUGUUCCGGACCUGAAAGAUGUCAACAUGGCGAAGGCGGAAAUCAUAAUAGGCCAGUCGGCCGCUGGGGAAGGUGUUGAAACGCAGAGCGUGGCUAUGGACUCAAAGGCGAAUAAGUCGUGA